GUCGCAGUGAUUUUUCUCAAAACGACGAAGACUCGAAAGUAACCGGAAACAAAAACCUUUCAAAACGACAGUCAGAAAAAAAAGACGUACAGUGCGAAGUUCGACUACUGGCCUCUUCCAUGUGAUCUGCUAAGAAUUAGUUCCUUUCGUGCUCUUGACAAGCAUCUCACUGGUCUGGUUGUGCGAAAAGGACAAGCACGAGAACAAUGGGAACUAGAGCUGUUGCCGUUGCGGCGGCGGCAGGUGCUGCUGGGAUGUCUGGUGAGGCGGGAUUGGCUGGUGUACCAAGGCUGCUGGAGGAUCUGGCGCGACUCUCGGAGGAUAAAGACUCGGCUGAUAUCGUGUUCCUACUAGGGAGAGACGAGACCCCUGUUUAUGCCCACAGAAUAAUACUUCAAGCCAGAUGCAAGAAUUUCACGGCCGCCAAGAGGCUUGGCACAGCAGGUAAUCCGACACCGGUACGAAUGCCGCACGCGCAUCCAGAAACGUUUCGCCAAUUUAUUCGUUACAUCUAUACCGGUAUGAUAAUACUACAAGAUAGUGGAAUUUUCGAAAUGUUGGGUCUGGCGCAAGAACUUGGUAUAGAAGAACUUUGGAGAAGUUGUGAGGAACACGUGUCUGUUACUUUAAGUCCCGGAAACGCAUGUGCACUUUUAACUGCUGCUUUGGAGGCACAAGAACGAGUUCCAGGCGGGAAAGCUGCUUGCUCAUCUUUUAUCGAGAAAUGUUUUGCUUUUAUCGGUGAGAAUGCCAUGGACACAGUGAAGACAACGGCGUUUUGCAAUCUUCCAAAGGACGCUUUAGUAAAGUUGAUAUCGUCGGAUUAUCUCGGUUUAGAAGAAGAAGAUGUAUGGCGAGCGGUUCUAAACUGGGCCAAAUAUCAGGCAGGAGUUACGCAGCCCACACAGCACUGGACUGAAGAAGAGCGCAUGAGAGUGUGCCAGCACCUGUCUGGUGUAAUAAAUCAUGUACGGUUGCUGUUGAUUGACAGCCAGGUGUUCGCGGAGGAGGUAGAGCCGACCGGUGCGGUGCCAAUAGAGAUGUCGUUGGAGAGGUACGAAUUUUUCAAUCCCGAUCGAUCGAGCGGCUCGAAAUUUCUAAGGUAUAGGUAUGCAGCUCUGCCGAACAAGUACUCGGAGGUUUGCUCUGACAAACGACUGCAGCCACGAGUGAGCCCGUUUCUCUUCCCGGGCUCGCAGAUUCUCUCCAGAGACAAGGUCGGUUUCCAGCGGGUUUUGAAUCAGUGGUACGGCGUGUCGAAGCAGGGCUGGCGAUUAGUUUAUCGAGCAUCUACUCAUGGCUACUCAGCAGCGUCUUUUCAUCGACACUGUGAUAACGUUUGUCCGACGUAUGUGAUAGUGCUGGGAGUACGUGGUGAGAUAUGCGGAGGAUUCAGCGAUGUUCCAUGGGGUAAAACUAACUCGAAAGCGCAGUACAUCGCUUCGGAAAAGAGUUUCCUUUUCACGUUGACAAAUAAUCAAGAUGUACCGCCGACAAAGUUCGACAUUGUGAAGAAAUCAUUUGCUAUCUGCUAUCAUCCGGACAUAGGGCCGAUUUUUGGUGCCGGGGCUGAUUUACUUAUAGCAAGUAACUGCAAUGUCAACAAGGAAAGCUACAGCAAUCUUCCGCAUAGUUACGACGGAGACCACGCAUCUAAUCAGUUGCUUAUGGGAGAUUAUCACUUCUCGGUAAUCGACUACGAGGUUUUCACCCCAAGUCAUCCUGCUCCGAAAUCCAAUCAUUAGAUGAAUUGCCGUGAUAAACUCAUUUGCAUAUACAUUGCUUUUGUAAUAAAUAUUUACAUUAUGUGAUUUCUCCGUUUGUGGAAAUGAUUUCAUAUUAUUUUGCGCCGAAAAAUAAUCAUAUCGAUAAUUUAUCACACAAAUCAUACUUUUAUAUAAUCACAUACAUAUACAAAC